GGAAAGGAAAUGGGAAAGAGACAUGCUCUAAAGGGCCCAUUUGCUUCAACAGCUUUUCGCAGGAGGAGGGAAUCAGUGUGCAUUCCAGGGCUACAUAUGUUUUUGCUGGGCACUGAGUUGCUGAUUUAACUGGGUGUGGAGAAACACCUUCAGCCUUCACAGAUUUCAGCUCCGAUUGAGCUGACCUAGCUUGAACCUUUUCCUCUGAUUUCUGCAAGGGGAGCAACAGAAAAGCUGAAAGCAUGACCAGGCUCCUCUGUGCCCCAACCUUGGGCCCUUGCAGCUAGGCAGGGCUCAUGCCAGCCCCAGGGAGGGCUUUACACCCCUCUGCAAGUAAAAGCUGACUUUUCAUGGCCCUUACAAGUACCUUCCAGCUGCCAAGGUGUGCUCUAAGCAAGGACAUAUAGAAAUACCCACCUGAAUACACCAGAAUGUACAUGCCUCUUAACAUGGCACCUGGCAGCUGCUGCUCCACCUCCUGUGCAGCAUUUCAGAAAGGGGAAGGAACACAAAAAUAACAACCCAAAAUGCAAAUCAGUACACUGCUGAGCAGUGUGGAUGUGGAAAACAAUCUGCUGUGAUUCAGGGCACAGAAACAGUCAAAAUGCUGGAAUUUAACACAAGUCUGAGCCCAGUGCUGUGGGCUCAUGGCUCACAGCUGCACUGGGCAGCACCUGAUCUCGAAGGAGCUGCCCUAACUGCGGGUGGGUGGACCUUGGGAGGGGACAACCAUCAGCUGGCCUACAGCAAGCACCAGGGUCUUGUCCUAGAGGCAUGGGACAGCUUAACAGGGUCGUGGUGACACAUUUUGGCCCUGCAGGUGGAACACUGGGGAAAAUGGUUUUCCUGGGAAGGAUGGAACAGACUUGUGAGAAUGUGUCAUUGAUGGGCUUGUGCUCAGUGCCUGUGGCUUGGCUGCAGGGAGCUUCAGCUCCCAUUUCUCCUGACUCCCGUGUUUUGGGGGGUAAAGGGGUGCAUCAGGCAGUGGCAAAGCCAUCCCUGCCACAGCAGAACUGGGAACUAAAAUUCCUGUGUGGGGCAUGGGAACCUAGAAGGUCACCUGCCUGACCCCAAUCUCAUUUCUCCCAGUGCCUCUGUGGGAAGAGUCACCCCAAAUGCUGAAAGGAGCUUCAGGGUGGGUAUUUCCAUGGUGAACACAUUAAUUUAUUAAGCAGAUGUGUAUGAGGGUAUUUCCUGCUCUCACAGAAGAUGAUGUCUUGUUAUUCCCAAGUUUCUGAACAGCAGCCACUUCCUUCUGGCACAGCUUUGGAGCCAGCAGAUACCACAGUUGGGAUAGGAGCUUUGGAGCUUUCUCUUUCCUGGACAUGUGCUAACAGAGCAGCCAGUCCCAGACUUUUCUAUGCCCAGUGCUCCCAAGGAGCCAGUUCGCACCAGUUCCAAGGUUUUUACAAUUGUGUAUAUGCGGUGAAAUCACUUUAUUGCCCAAUUUCCGGGAGUGGGGGUUUAGGAGCUGCAAGCAGCGCCUGCCCAGGUAAUCCCUGGCCUUGUUUGUGGCACUGGCAGGCUGGAAGGCAGUGAUGCCACACUUCAGGCAGGCUGUUUGCUUGCUCAGCGUUCCUGAUUGUACCUGAUCACACAUUUGGUGUCAGUGCUUUCCUAUUGGUGGUUUGCAGGCAGCCAGAGCAAAUAUCCCCAUUUUCCCCUGCUGUCAGGGCAUUGCUUCCCACGUGCUCUGGGGCUGAGUUUCUGGAUGAGAGAAGCAGGUCCUGUGGAAAGUCCAGAAAUUUUGGGGCAAUGCCUGGCCAGCCACAGGGCAAGAGAGGCAGGAGCCCCUGUGCCAGCACCCCACAGACCUGCUCUCCCUGGCCAUGCAGGGGUGGUCAUUGCAGUGUUGGCUGUCCUUCACGCUAACACCACUCUUAAUGCCCUGAGCUGAGGGGCAGCCGGAGCCCAAAUCCCAGUGCUGGGGGUGGAGCAGUGCCAUGGGGGUAAGCCCAACCAUGCCAACGGUGAGCUGGUGUCGAGAGGAACAAUCUCAGGUUACAUGGCCUCAUACAGAAAUGAGUGGGUCUGCGGGAGCCUGAUAAGAUUUCCACUGUUGGUGGCCAGGGCAUAUUAAAGGGGAGUGUCGGGGCAGGCUGCUCAUCCCCGGCAGCCUCCCUGCAGCAUGGCAGUGCCGGGCGGCGAGGGGGACCUGCGGCGCCUGCUGAAGCUGCACCGCACCGAGAUUGCCAUGGCAGUGGAUGACAUCUUCCCUCUGCUGCACGGCUUGGCUGACCACGAUGUUGUCCCGGAGCACAUCUUCAAGGAGACGUUGAGCCGGACGGAGCGGGAGGGUUCCCACCGUGCCUUCCAUGCACUGCUCACCUGGCUGCUGGGCCAAGACGCUGCUGCUGUCCGGGACUUCUGGGAAGUGCUCUUCAAGGACUACAACCUGGAGCGCUACACACGGCUUCGGCCCCUCCGUGGUGCCUUCCCCAGAGAGGUGGAGCUGGGGCGCCAGCACCGUGGCAGGCGUCUCUCCCCCAGCCCCGUAGCACCGCACAGACCCCAAGGCAAGAGGAGAGCCCCUGAGGAGCGGGAUGGAGCCCGAGCCGUGCAGCUCUCCCCGCGGCACACCGCCAGCCCUGGUAUGGAGACACAGAGUGGGAUGGAGAUGUGCCGGGGGGAGUGGGGAGCCCCGAAUGCACCCCCGGGACCAGCUGCUGACACCCACUGUGCACAGCCAGGACCCUGUGCCACACCAGCACAGGCAACCUGGGGCUUAGCUGCCCGCUGUCACAAGGCUACAGCUCCCCAGAAACAGGCAAUUCCCACCCUGACUGCAGUUGGCGCGCUUGGUGCAGGGCGGGUGAUGCAAGGGGAAAGGGUGAUGGGGAUAACAGGCUCUGGGGUCCCUUGGCAGCAUGAGCCCCAGCACUGCUGCAGCCUGCUGGCUGGUGGUGACCCCCUGCCCGCUCCCCUGGGGCAGGAGAACGAGGACGAGUGUGCGGUGUGCGGUGACGGUGGUGAGCUCAUCUGCUGCGAUGGCUGCCCCAGGGCCUUCCACCUCGCCUGCCUGGUACCCCCACUGCCCCGCGUCCCCAGUGGGACAUGGCAGUGUGGCUCCUGUGUGGUGACAGCGGCUGAGUCAAGCGGGCUGCAGGAGGCGAAUGCAGCUGUGGAGAGAGCCCUGGACACCCUGGGGGAGGAGGCAUGUGGACCCCAGGGCAACGGAGGUGAUGGCAGUGUCUGCAGCCGCUGCUUCACCCAGAUACCUGCACCCCGACACUGCUCUGCACCCAGCAGGGACCCCAGGAGGCUGCUGCUAUGCCCGUCCUGCGUGACCACCCCAGACACAGGCAGGCUGGAGAGCACCACAGUGGCCAGCAACCACCCACUACAGGCAGCAAAGGUUGGUACCACCAGCAACCAGCCCCAUGGAGGGAAACAGGCUGGGUGAGGCAGCAGUGGUGGGUACAAAGGGAAUGAUAAGGCUGAGGAAUGUUAUCUCAGGCUGGGUGAGGGACUGGCUGAGUGUUACUGAAGGCAAGUUAGUGAAUGGGAGAACUGGCUAUCCUUCAUUUGGAGAAGGCUGAGGUUCUCAAUGACUUCUUUGUCUCAGUCUUCACUGGCAAGAGCUCUAGCCAUGCUGCUCAAGUCCUGUGAGGUGGGCCAAUGCCAGCCUUAUGAAAUUUACCCAUGACAAGUGCUAGGUCCUACACCUGGGUUGGAGCAACCCCAGGCACAGCUACAGGUUGGGCAGAGAAGAGAUUCAGAGCA